CAGAAUGUAGGUAUUCCUUGUGUAUGCCUGGACAGACAGGAAGUGCAGUGAGCAUAUGGUUUGCCCUUGUUCUAUUUGCAGAGUGUUUGUGUUUAUGCAAACAGGCGUACUCCUGCAUAUUAAACCACAGCACCUGCUCAUGUGUGCACAGUCCACAUAGGCUACACACUUCUUACGCUACUGCUUUGAACUCAGCUGAACACCUACAGCGCUGUGCUUUUUCUGCCAAGGUCAGUGAGUCCAGAUGCAUGAGUCUGGGUCAGAACAGACAGCCUGCACCAGUCCAGCCAAUCAGACAGAGAAUGGGGACAGUGCUGAGAAGGAUGAUUGGCUGAGCACUCAGACUCCAACUCCAGAGGGUUCUGGGGCUGACAGCCAGCAGCAAAACCAGGUUCCAGUCUCAGUGUCUAUGAUGACACCUCCGGUGGAGACUCCUCAGCAGACACUAAAGCAGCAGCAGGUCCUCAAUCCACAGCAGAUCCAGGCCCUGCUCCAGCAGCAGAAAGCACUCAUGUUACACCAGCAACACAUACAGGAUCUCUGCCAGAAACAGCAGGACCAGUUCAAUGCCCAGCUCCUACAGCAGAAGCAUGCUGAGAAGUCAGGCCAAGAGCAGCUAGCUGCUCAACACAUGGCCAUCCAGCAGCAGCUCUUGCAGGUCCAACAGCAGCACCUCCUCAGCCUCCAGAGACAGGGUCUCCUGUCUGUCUUGCCCUCCAUGAGCCCCUCUGCAGCUCAGGGUUUAAUGAAAGGGUGUGAGAAUGGCACCAGCCUGCCCUCUGGUGGUGAGAAUCCGGCCACUCUUCAAAAGAACCUGCUCCACAGCCAGCAGUCCACCACCAAUGGGAAUCAUGCAUCACAGCCCCUAAAGAAGAAAGACGGUGGUCCUGUGGAUGAUCACACACAAAACACUCACCCUCUCUAUGGACACGGCAUGUGCAAAUGGUCUGGCUGUGAGGCAGUCUUUGGAGACUUUCAGGCUUUUCUCAAGCAUCUGAACAGUGAACAUACACUGGAUGACAAGAGUACAGCACAGUGUCGAGUGCAGAUGCAGGUUGUUCAGCAGCUGGAACUGCAGUUGAAAAAAGACAAAGAGCGUCUGCAAGCCAUGAUGUCUCACCUCAAAUCCUCUGAGCAAAAGUCAAAACCAGCAACACCAACGGUGAAUCUUGUGCCCAACGUCUCCUUCUCCCAGGUGACGUUUCCCAAGGUGCUUCCUUCCAUGAGCUUGUCUCAAAGUGCCACUGCUCCUUCCACCCCCCUGACACCACCCCCAACCUCAUCCUCUAUCAUCCCACCCCACACCCUGCUCACCGUGAGCCCUGGAAGGAGAUGCUACUCAGACAGCAAGACCAUGAAAUACAGCAAGACCAUGAAUCAAGAUAUUGUUCAGAAUAAAGAGUUCUACGUCAGUACAGAAGCUAGACCGCCAUUUACAUACGCAGCCCUAAUAAGACAGGCAAUAUUUGAAUCACCCUAUAAGCAGCUGACACUAAAUGAAAUCUACAAUUGGUUCACACGAACAUUUGCCUAUUUUAGACGCAACGCAGCAACAUGGAAGAACGCAGUGAGACACAACCUCAGCCUCCACAAGUGUUUUGUGCGAGUGGAGAAUGUAAAAGGAGCUGUGUGGACAGUUGAUGAGAUGGAGUUCCAGAGGAGAAGGCCCCAGAAGCCUGCUGGUGAAGGGUCUCUCAAGAGGGAGAACACUGGCCAUGGUCACAGCUCCGCUUUCCUUACUCCUAAGCAGGAGGAGAUAAAUGCAGCUCUCUGGUAUGGGAAUGGAUCCUACAGUGACAGCAGUGAAGAGCAGUACCCUAUGCACCCACUCAUAAAAGAAGAGCUAAUGGACGAGGAGGCGUAUGAGAAUGUGCCCCAUGACUGUUCAGAGACUGAGAGCUCUGAUGAGCACAGCUCAGAUGUGGAUGAAGAAGGCGGUAGCCCAGAGAGACCCAACCUGCAGCUGGCUCAUGUGCCUUCGCAGUGAAAGAGGGACUGUAUUCCAACCUGUCAAUCUCCACUGCAAGACUCCCACAUUGGACAACUAUGAAAUAUACCAAAUUAAUAUAGAACUACUUCAUAUCAAGUGGAAAAACACACAUUUUCUGUUGAGGAAAUAAAUGACUUUUAUUUAUUGAGGAUAUUUUGUCCUCACUGUUGUACUGGGUUUUAUCCACCGGAGCUCAUGUUGAAGACAAGAGCUGAUGGCGGAAGCAUUGUAACACCCCUUGUCCUCAAAUAAUGUACCCCAAUCGGCUUAUUGUGAGGCUGUACAACCAAUGACGAAGCCCUAUGGGGAGCUGGCUCAGUGAUGCAGAGAUUAAUUUUAUUUUCCUUCAAGAAUGUGUAUAUCAAUAACCAGAGCAUUGGCAAUAUUUAUGGACAGCACUUCCUGAAGAUAAAUGUUUGUUCUCUCCCCCCAAUUAAUUUUGACAUGUGAGUACCAGACAACCACCAGAUUGUAACCAUCUGUUCUGUUUGACAUGACAUCCUUGAGAAUUGGUUACUUUUAAAAGGGAGCUGUACACUGCCAAAAAUAUGAUUUAUGUGUAACCUAUCUGUUGGGAUAUUAUUAUUUGUGUAGCCUACUAAUGGUCUUUUUUCCCCCACUGUCCCAAACAUGGCUUUUUGGACUUAUUUAGCGUUGUAUCAGACAUUCCCAUAGUUGUGCACUAAAAGCUGUCUCUAAUAAAUUCUGUAUAAAAAGUGUG